AUCCUCUUUCUCUCUCUCUAAAAUCAAUAAUGGCCAACUGAGAAACUUAGGGCGCAAUGGCCAGAUUAGGUUGUAUUCAGAAGGAAACUCCAACCAUAAUUCACCUUUAUCCACAUCUUUAAUUCUCAUGGUGGUAGGUGACUCAAAGCAAAGAAUAAACUUUUCUACGCCAUCAUUUUUCAUCUUUUUUUCAAUUUGUUUCUUUUAAUCCUAUAAAAGGGUUUGAUUAUACAGCUCAGAUCCUCAUCCAACUUUACUAUAAUUGAUGGGUUCUCUUCUUCUCUUUAAUAUACUGUAGAUUUUAUUUCAAAACUUUACCUUCUCAUUGGUUGUGUUCUUUUCAUUAUACAGUGUCUUUAUAUAUAUAUAUAUAUAUAUAUAUUUGAUGUUCUUGUUCUUUACUCUUUAUACCAAUCAUGUCUUAAUCAACCCCACCACUUAUUCUUGCUCUCCAAUUUGGUCUAAUCUUGCACGCCAACAUUCUCUGUGUGCUUAUCUUUUGGUGCAGAGUAUUUGGCCUUUCACCGACUUUGUUGUGGUGAGGUGUUUGGUGCACGAAUUGUUGCUUUUCAAUGGCGGAAUUGGUUGGGCCUCGGUUGUACAGCUGCUAUAAAUGUCGAAAUCAUGUUUCGCUUCACGACGAUAUAAUUUCUAAGGCUUUUCAGGGGAAAAAUGGCCGAGCAUUUCUGUUCUCCCACGCAAUGAACGUUGUUACUGGACCCAAAGAGGACAGGCAUCUCUUAACUGGUCUUCAUACAGUUGCCGAUACCUACUGUGGUGACUGCCGAGAGGUGUUGGGUUGGAAGUAUGAACGAGCUUAUGAGGCAGCGCAGAAGUACAAGGAGGGGAAGUUCAUACUCGAGAAAGCAAAAAUUGUUAAGGAAAACUGGUAGCCUCAUAUCAAAGCCCCUAUUCAAUCCGUAACAAAAUCUCAACGUUGUAUAAGUGUCUUGAUUCUUCCUAAUUACCCGCCUUGAACAGAAAUCAGUCACACAAAAACAAAUAUUUGCCAUUGCUCUGAUCUUUGCACUCUUACCAUCUUCUAUGUCUGGAAGUGUACAGGACUAAUAAUUCCUUUGUUAAUAAAAUUGUGAUAUUAUUCUCA